AUGAGCGGCAAAAUGAUGAUUUACAAGCUAGUGGUGCUAGGAGACGGAGGUGUAGGAAAGACAGCGUUGACCAUUCAGCUGUGUCUCAAUCACUUUGUCGAAACCUACGAUCCCACCAUCGAAGACUCGUAUCGCAAGCAGACCGUGAUCGACGACCAACCGUGCAUGCUCGAAGUGCUCGACACCGCAGGUCAGGAAGAGUACACCGCGCUCAGGGACCAGUGGAUCCGCGAAGGAGAAGGCUUCCUGCUCGUCUACUCGAUCUCGGCGAGGGCGACGUUCGAACGUGUAGAGCGAUUCCGCAGUCAGAUUUCGCGCGUCAAGGACCAAGAGCCACAUACAGUGCCCAUCAUGCUGGUGGGGAAUAAAUGCGACAAGGUCAACGAGCGGGAGGUGUCGAGGGAGGAGGGGCAGGCGCUCGCGCAUAGGCUGGGCUGCAAGUUUAUCGAAUCGAGCGCAAAGACGUGCGUCAAUGUCGAGAGGGCGUACUACACAGUGGUGAGGAUGAUCCGGGAGCAGAGGGAGGGUACGGUGGUGCACAAGAAGGAGAAGAAGAAGUCAAAAUGCAAUAUUCUUUGA